GGCGGCGGAAGGGCCCGUGAGGAGCCGGGAGCUGCCGCCGCCGGAGGAAGCCGUUGCCGCCGCCGUCGCCGCCGCCCUCAGUCUCCGCCUGAGCCGGGAGGGAAGAGGCCUGCACAGCCCUCAACAUGAACAAGUUGAAAUCAUCACAGAAGGAUAAAGUGCGUCAGUUUAUGGUCUUCACACAAUCUAGUGAAAAGACAGCAGUGAGCUGUCUGUCUCAAAAUGACUGGAAGUUAGAUGUUGCAACAGACAACUUUUUCCAAAACCCUGAACUUUAUAUACGAGAGAGUGUUAAAGGCUCAUUGGACAGAAAGAAGUUAGAACAGUUAUAUAACAGAUACAAAGAUCCUCAAGAUGAAAAUAAAAUUGGUAUAGAUGGCAUACAGCAGUUUUGUGAUGAUUUAGCUCUUGACCCAGCCAGCAUUACUGUGCUCAUCAUUGCAUGGAAAUUCCGAGCUGCAACACAGUGUGAAUUUUCAAAGCUGGAAUUUAUGGAUGGAAUGACUGAGCUGGGAUGUGACAGCAUAGAAAAACUGAAGGCCCAGAUUCCUAAAAUGGAACAAGAAUUGAAAGAGCCAGGAAGAUUUAAGGAUUUUUAUCAGUUUACCUUCAACUUUGCAAAGAAUCCAGGACAGAAAGGUUUAGAUUUAGAAAUGGCCAUUGCCUACUGGAAUUUAGUACUUAAUGGAAGAUUUAAAUUUCUAGACUUGUGGAACAAAUUUUUGUUGGAACAUCAUAAAAGAUCUAUUCCUAAGGAUACCUGGAACCUUCUUCUAGACUUUAGUACAAUGAUAGCAGAUGAUAUGUCUAACUAUGAUGAGGAAGGAGCAUGGCCAGUUCUUAUUGAUGACUUUGUGGAAUUUGCACGCCCUCAAAUUGCUGGGACAAAAAGUACGACAGUGUAGCACUAAAGGACCUUUCUAGAGUGUACAUAGUCUGUACAAAUACCUGAAAUGGAAAAUUGCACAGUCAAUUUCUGCUGGCUGGACUGAACUGAAGAUCAAUCCUCACAAUUAUGGCUGAGGGUUGAGACAAACCUUUAAGGAUACAUCUUGGACCAUAUCAUAUUUCAUUCUUCUACGGGUGGUUCGGGCUUUUCUUCUAGUCUGGACCGCUCUUGCCCGUUCAAAUUCCGCCAUUGUGGAUUUCAUCAUGGAUUUUGGUUUUCUGGGGGUUUGUUUUGUUUUGUUUUUUUCUUUGGUGGACCACCCUUAGUUCCAUCUCCCAUAAGUCCUAGAAGCUUAAUAAUUAUUUGGAGGUUUCUGGUUUUACAUAAAGCACAAUGCUGGUCAUCAUCAGACAACCGUUGUGUGGCAUAUGAAUUGCAUAGCUCAACAUCAACACCAGUUUUUAAAAGAAUCCUUAAAUAUACACUUGGGGCUAGUUGCAAAGACUGCAUCGAUAGCACUUCCUGUCAGAGUGAUAUAUUUAAGUGUGCUGGGUCCGCUCUUCUUUUUUUCCUUUCUGGAGAAGUACAGGUAAUGUCUCAGUGAGUUGGAGUAUCUGGUUCAAAACAAUUGCAGAAAUAACCAAGCAAACCCGAGGUGGUUGAUCCUGGGAUAUCUAGGUGCCUAUCUGAAUGGUUUGAUUGUACAUCGGCUGGCUGCGAGAGUGGGCGAAGCACGACGCAACUACUGUGCACUUCCAGCACCCGCGCGUGAUGUUCCAGCUGGCCGUCAGUGAGCCUCGUUGAGAUAAGCUGUGUGUGUCAUGAUAGACUCUAAUGCUCUCUAGGUUAUUCUCUAAGAAUGCAGAUCUCAUUACAGUUUUGAAAUGCUUACGUCUGCCCAAGAAAGGUUUUUUCAUUUCUGUGGAAAUCUCAGACUUGAGUAUAAUGAAUUUGUCGUAAAUGUUUGCUACACAGUACAGUAUUUUAAAUCAAGACAUGUAAAUGUUUAUGGGUGAGGUGUGAUGAAGCAAAUGGCCCUGUUGUACCCGAAGCUGGGGAGUUUGAUGUGAAUCUAGGUUUUGAAACCGUUAUCCUGAGAAGAAAGCUGAAUCUUUGUAACACACAGGUACUGCCAUCAUGGAUGACACACGUUUUUUAAAUGGUUUUCAUGAGCUUCCCUUACAUGGACAUAUCACUGUGGUUGCCAAAUACAGAAAUGAAGAGUAAAGCCUUCCCUAGCCAGCACAGAUCAGAUAGGAAAUAGUGCGCUGGCUUUGUCUGCUUAAAUUAUGUUGUGGAUCAUCACUACUUCUUAACUCAAUAGCUGCAUUUAACUCAAUCAGGUUCAUUUGUUCAAGUUUUAUCAGAUACAGUUUUCCAUUAUUUUUAAUAUUACAAGAGCUCUUGAGCUGCUUUUGUGCUAAACAUGGUCUUUUGCUCCUCAGUUACUUGUGAAGAGCUCUGAUAAAUAACUGCUCUGUAAACAAGCUGGAAAAUGCCAAGCUCCAGGAGCAAAGACAGACCAUAGUUACAAGUAAGGAUAGAGGCUUAAGUCCAUGCUCUAAAUAAUCCCAUGAUAAAGUCAGAGUUCUUCUUGCAGUGUAAUUGGUACUUGCACUAAACAGCAGAACACUUUUAUGCAGAUGCAAAAGGCAUUUUAGAAUU